CACGAAGCGGCCUGCUCACGGAGCUUUCCCCCCUCAGGCCGUUGUCAUGGCAACGAGGACUUGUUGCGGAGGCGAAGCAUCGCCGGCCCAUUGUGAUGCUGCCUGACCCGCUGAAUUCCUCCAGUAUUUUGUGUUUUACUACACGAUGCUACUUACAGUGAGGUCAGAGCAGGGGAAAGAAGGAUUUCCGCAAAUGAAGCUGGCCUGGGAAAUUGCAGAAUGUAACAUGGGAAGUUCGGCCUUUGAAGUUUUUGAACAUUACGCUGGAGGCCUCAUGUAAAGGAGUGACAUAACGGAGAAAUAUUCUGUACCCACAAGUGAUCAGAUGGAUGCCAUAAUUCUCACUCAAUGUCUCAAGACAUUGGUAGUUAUAAUGUCACUGUAAACGCAUCAUAUGAUGGUUUUGACACAGUAUCCUUUUCGCCCAAAGGAUGUUCCACAAGUGCUUGUGGAGGGUUGGUGAAACUUCAGGAUUUAUAUAUAGAUGGAAACUUGGGCUGUGCUGUCGUGGGUCUCACGUGUACCUAUGCGACCUUUCAAAUUGUCUCGCUGGAUAAAUUUUUGGAUAUCCCCAUGAUAUCCGCGGGAAGCUUUGGGUUAUCUUGCGACAAAAAACCCAACUUGACCAGGAUCCUCCCCACAGCUAGGAAAAUCUCCAGCUUCUUCAUAUCGCUCUGGAAUGACAAGGAAAUUGUGAAGAAAUAUAAGUGGGAAUCAACUUACAUCUACAAAAAAAAUGAAACCUCGGAAUCCUGUUUCUGGUUCAUUAAUGCCUUGGAGGCUGGCUCAGCUGAUUUCUCCUUGGGUUUAGAAGUGAAGGAAAUCAUCCGGGACUCAGUAAAAUUUAAGGAGAUAGUGAAUGACUCAAAAAGAAAGAGUAAUGUGAUCAUUUUGUGUGGGACAAUCGGUGAUGUUGAGACAUUAGUUGAUGGUGUGACGCUGCAUAAAGACAUUGUCAUCAUUCUGCUGAACCUGUUCAACUACACCAACGGAACUUCAAUGAGCUACAUGAAACAAGUACUAGUGGUGACCCUGAUGUCCACAGAUCACAAGAUGUCUACAAAUAAUAACCAGACUUUACAAAGGAUGCAUAACAUUUCACCGGAAAACAACGACUACCUGAGCGGGUACUCGGAAGCUGUAAAACUCUUUGGGUCUGUUCUCAAUGAUUUUCUGACCAGGAAUCAGACCCCCACCCGGGACAACUUCCGGCAAGGUUUUCGUAAUACCUCUUUCACAGGACUUGAUGACAACCAAGUUUACCUGGAUGAAUUUGGAGACCGAGACUUUAACCUGACUGUUCUGUACGUUUCAAUCAAGACCACAACAUACGAGACGUGGUUCAUCUUUGACACCCAGAAUAACCGAACAAAUGUCACUGAAGUGGCUCCUGAUUUUGCCUGGGUGGAUGGACUGCCUAGCAGUGAGCCGAUAUCCCCUUCAAAUAAUCCCAUGUUGAUGCACGUAGUGAUCGGUCUGACAAUCACCGUUGUGGUGGUGACACUGAUCGCAAUGGUUGUACUGCGGAAGUACAGAAUGGAACGGAAAAUCCGUCUGAAGAAAUGGUCGCACAUUUCGAGCGAUCGGAUCGUUCCGUUGGAAGUAGCCGAACACAGCUACAUAAACCUGAAGAUUGAAGAAGAUAAGAGAAAAGAUAACUUUGUGCCGAUAUUGAGAGCAAAAUAUGACAAAAAGAUUGUUAUUUUGAAGGAACUGAAGCACAAAGAUGGCAACUUUACUGUGAAGCAAAAAAUUGAACUUAACAAGUUGCUCCAAAUCGAUUACUAUAAUUUAAUCAAGUUCUAUGGGACGGUGAAGAUUGACUAUGAGAUAUUCAAGGUGAUUGAGUACUGUGAGCGAGGAUCACUGAGGGAUGUUUUGAAUGAUACAAUAUCAUAUCCCGAUGGGACUUUUAUGGAUUUGGAGUUCAAGGUAUCGGUCAUGUAUGACAUUGCAAAGGGUAUGUCAUAUCUACAUUCAAGCCACCUAGAAGUGCAUGGGAAUCUAAAAUCGACGAAUUGCGUGGUGGACAGUCGGAUGGUUGUGAAAAUUACUGACUUUGGGUGUAAUACCAUUGUUAUGCCACAGAAAGGUCUGUGGACAGCCCCCGAACACCUGCGGAUGGAGGGAGUAUCUCAGAAAGGUGACACGUACAGUUAUGGAAUCAUAGGUCAGGAGAUCAUCCUUCGAAAGGAUACCUUCCAUACUCGAGCUUGUAGCAAUCCAGCAGAGAAAUUGAUGAGGGUGAUGAUGGCAAAUGAAUCUGUUCCACUUCGACCCAGUCUUCCCCUGGAGACAGCCACGGACAGAGAACUGGAGGUGUACGGGCUGAUCAAGAACUGCUGGGACGAAGAUCCAGAAAAAAGAGCAGACUUCAAGAAAAUUGAGGCCACACUGGUCAAAAUAUUCAGCACAUUCCACAGUGAGACCAACAAGAGCUACAUGGACACGCUGAUCCGCCGGCUUCAGAUGUACUCAAAGAACCUGGAGCACCUGGUGGAAGAGAGAACAGUCCUGUACAAAGCUGAACGCGACAGGGCCGAUGAGCUGAACUACAUGCUACUUCCUAAGCCUGUGGUGAUAUCACUGAAAACAACUGGCUGUGUGGAGUCCGAGCUUUUUGAAGAAGUGACCAUCUACUUCAGUGACAUUGUGGGGUUUACCACCAUCUGUAAGUUCAGCACUCCCAUGGAAGUGGUCGUCAUGCUAAAUGACAUGUACAAGAACUUUGAUCAGAUCCUGGACAAUCACGAUGUCUACAAGGUGGAAACCAUUGGAGAUGCCUACAUGGUGGCAUCAGGUUUGCCAAAGCGGAAUGGAAACAGACACGCGGUGGACAUCACCCGGAUGGCUCUGGACAUUUUAAACUUCAUGGGGUCAUUUGAGCUGGCUCACCUGCCCAGCCUCCCGAUAUGGAUCAGGAUAGGUAUUCACUCAGGUCCUUGUGCUGCGGGUGUUGUGGGGACCAAGAUGCCACGAUAUUGCCUAUUUGGGGAUGUGGUCAACACAGCUUCACGCAUGGAGUCCACAGGGUUACCACUAAGAAUUCAUGUUAACCAAUCAACGAUCAAUAUAUUGAAAAGGACAAAGUGUAAAUUUGAAUAUGAGAUGCGAGGGGAAACCUUUCUGAAGGGAAGAGGAACUGAAGUCACCUACUGGCUCACGGGAGAAACGGACCGCAACUUCACACUGCCGGCACCCCCCUCGGCGGAGAACUUGCAGCGACUUCAGGCCGAUUUUGCUGAGAUGAUUAUUGAGUCCCUUGAGAAGCGGAGGGCAUCCGAGUGCAAGACAGUGACCAAAGAAGAACUUCAAUACCUGCAGCUCGGCUCCACAGAGUUACUCAGCACAUACCUGUAGCUGUGAGGACCACUGUUGUGUGGAGAUGUCUGGAUACAGUCCUGUAUGGAUGCACAAAGCUUCAAAUGUUCACUUUGAAGCAUUAGUGAAGCUUUCAAGCUUUGAAGAAAUAUGCCAACCUAUUGCUGCUGAAUAUUUAUGCUUUUCAGAGUCAAUGCUGGGGCAGGUGUUAUCUUUCUAACUUUAGUAUUGGGUUCCCUCAGUUCCAGUGUAGUGGAGGCCGGCUGCAUAGUAAAUCUUGCUUCCAUCUGGUCUAUUAAUGAGCUGAGAUGUACCAAGAUGUAGUCACAGUGUGUAUUUCGAAACAUUUCGACCCGGAACGUCACCUGUUCCUUCUCUCCAGAGAUGCUGCCUGUCCCGUUGAGUAACUCCAGCAUUUUGUGCCUAUCUUCUUGUGUGUAUUUCUCUCUCUGCUCAAUGUCAGCUGAAACCACCUGGCAAUUCUUUCACCACUGAGUCGAAAGGUCUGAAGUAAAGAGAAACAGACUGACCUUUUCCACAAUCCUGAGAGAUAACGUCAGAGGUACUGUGUUACAAAUAAGACGUUGAACGGAGGCCCAUGCCUGAUUACUCAGACAGAAGGAUCCUGUGCUGUGAAGACGUGCAGAGGAAUUCCCCCAAUAUCCUGGGCAAUAUUCUUGACGUGCUUCAUAGAUGGUGGAAAGGCCUUGAGCUGUCCUAAGAUGAGAGAUUCUGGACAACCCCAGAAACUGUGUCUGUGGAAUUCUCCGCCUCAGAGGGCGAUGGAGGCAGGUUCUCUGGAUGCUCUCAAGAGAGAGCUAGAUAGGGCUCUUAAAAAU